AUGGCCACCCCCAAACCCCUUCGCCUAGGCAUCCUAGUCCCCUCCUCCAAUACCGCCCUAGAACCCCUCACAACCGCCAUAGUAUCCAGCCUCGCUCCCUUAGUCACAGUCCACUUCUCCCGCUUCCCAGUAACCAAGAUUUCCCUGGACCCCACAGCCCUUUCCCAAUUCAAUACCAACGGCCCCAUCCUGUCCGCCGCGCGUCUCCUGACCGACGCCAACGUCGACGUAAUAGGCUGGAGCGGCACUUCAGGCGGCUGGCUCGGCUUCGACGAGGACGAGAAAUUGUGUCAAGCCAUCACUGAUGCAUUUGGUGUCCCGGCUACCACAUCAACCCUCGCGUUGAAUCGGGCGCUGGAUUCCUUGGGUGUGAAGACGUUCGGCCUCGUGACGCCGUAUUUGGACGAUGUGCAGGCGAGGAUCAUCGAGACGUACUCUAAAGCGGGGUAUGAGGUCGUCGCGGAGAGCCAUUUGGGAGUCUCGGAGAAUGUGAAGAUUGCGGAUAUUGAUGAGGCAACCUUGGAUCGCCAGGUCAAGGAGGUGAUGGAAAAGGGAAAGGGCGGAGUAAAGGCAGUCUCGACGUUUUGCACGAAUUUGAUUGCGGCGCAGAGGGCGGUGAGGUGGGAGGAGGAGUACGGGGUGCCGGUGCUGGAUACGGUGGCGACUGUGAUAUGGGAUAUGUUGAGGCUGAAGGGGUGGGCAAGGGGGACGGUUAAGGGGUGGGGAGAAAUGUUUUCUAUUUGA